AUGGCCAACGCGAGCGAAAUGAGUGACUACGAGAAGUAUCGCUUCAGCAGUGCGAGAGAUGUUGAUAUUCACCAUCACGCCCUCUCUGCAUCUCACUUGAGGGGAGUUGCUGAUGACCCUCCAACUGGUUACGAUCAUGAACACGAUGUCUUUGGUAAUGAAGACAAUGCGGCCAUCAAGUAUAAAACGCUAUCAUGGCCCCUUGUUGCUGUUCUCAUGAUCGCCGAGAUCGUCAGUAAUGGAAUGCUCUCCCUUCCUGCUGCUACUGCCGUGGUUGGAAUUGUUCCUGGUGUGGUCCUCAUUGCUUUUCUGGGUAUCUUCGCUUUGUAUACAUCUCUUGUCCUCGUGGACUUCAAAAUCAAUCAUCCUCAAGUUCACAACAUGGGUGAUGCUGGCAUGAUUCUGGGGGGUCCCAUUGUCAGGGAGAUUCUCUCUGCGGGCACUGUCAUUUUUGCAAUCUGUGCCACAGGCUCUCAACUUCUGGCCGGACAGAUCACCUUGGGCGUACUUUCGGAGAACAAGCUCUGCUUAAUGUGGUACACUGGGAUAUUUGCCAUUCCAACACUGUUACUCUCCUUUCCACGGACGCUUGAUCAACUGUCUUGGCUUUGCAUCCCAUCAUGCAUCUGUAUCCUUGUCGCUGGCCUUGUGGGCAUGGGUGCUGCCGGAGCCAACCCAGUACCCGACCGCCACAUUGACAUCGCACGCUCAGCAAGCUUCUACGAUGCAUUUUUGUCCAUCACGAAUCCCGUGUUUUCAUACGCCGGUCACUUCAUGUUCUUCAUCUUGAUAUCCGAAAUGAAGAAUCCAAGAGAUGCGAAGAAAGCUGCAUGGGUUCUCCAGAUCUUCGCCACCACAUUCUACGUGGUCUUCGCCAUCGUCAUGUACGUCUACUUGGGCCCCAGCGUGGCAUCACCUGCCUUCUCGUCUCUUCCUCCAAAAUGGGCCAAAGCUACGUACGGCAUUGCCCUAACCAAUUUCCUGAUAGCAGGAAGUUUGUACUCGCAUACAGCUGCCAAGUUGUUCUUUAUCCGCUUCUUUCGUCGCACCCGCCAUUUACACGAGCAUACCGUGCUUGGUUGGGGUACGUGGACUAUCCUGAUCAUCCUCGCAAACGGUGCCGCAUUCGUACUUGCAGUGGGCGUCCCCAUCUUCGGGUACCUGGUCUCCAUUACGGCUUCGCUCUUCGCAUCUUGGUACACUUAUGGCAUCGCUGGUGCUUUUUGGCUGCACGAUAGCUACCAUGGCUUGGAUAGGGGUCGGUCGAGGGGUUUGCAUGGACGAGCUGCAUGGAUGCGAAGCCCUGGCAAAACCAUUGUCAAUCUCUUGACCUUCCUUGCAGGUGCAUUCAUCUGCGUUGCGGGCACAUAUGUCUCCAUCAAGCUCAUCAUCGAUGCUUAUGACAGUGGUACCGUUGGCGAGCCGUUCGCGUGCUAA